UCUGUCAUACAUGUUAUUCACAACCUUAUGCAAAUGCUCUUUACGCAAAUAAGAAGCAGCUAUUUUUGCCCUUGUUUUGUGUAACUGGACUAAAGUAGACUACUAAAAUUACUCAGAACGGUGAAAUGGACUUUGGUGAUUGUGAAACACCGAAGCUCUCAGAGAUGAGGAUUGUGUUAAUGGGGUAUAAAGGAGCUGGAAAGAGUUCAGCAGGAAACAUCAUCCUGAACAGAGAAGAGUUUGACCUGAAGAGAACUGCUCAGUGUGUGAAGAGACAGAGAGAAGUAGCAGACAGACACAUCACUGUCAUAGAAGCUCCAGGAUGGUGGAUUGAUGAAUCUGUAGAUCAGAGCUCUGAGUUACUGAAACAAGAGAUUUUACUCAGUGUGUCUCUGUGUCCUCCAGGACCUCAUGUUGUUCUACUGGUGAUACGUGUGGACAUUAGAUUUAAAGAGGAUGAGAGAAAAGUAUUUCAGGGGUUUGUGGAUCUUCUCAGUGAGAGAGUCUGGAGUCACACUAUAGUGCUCUUCACUCAAGGAGACUUUCUAGGAGACACAUCUAUAGAGCAACACAUUGAGAGAGAAGGAGAGGAUCUCCAGUGGCUGGUGGAGAAAUGUGGGAACAGAUAUCAUGUUCUCAACAAUAUGAACAGAAGUGAUGACACUCAGAUCAAAGAUCUGCUGAAGAAGAUAGAAGAGACUGUGAUGAAAAACAAAUGCUGCCAUUUUGAAAUGGACAGAAAUAUUUUACAGAUGAUGGAAGAAAAAAAGCAAGCAGAAGAGGAGAGCGCAAUGGAACGAAGGAAGAGGAUGAGUCAGCGAAGAGAGAUGAGCAGAUCACAGAUGAAUGACUUCCAUCAUCUCUCAGAGUUGAGGAUUGUGUUAAUGGGGUCUAGAAGAGCCGGGAAGAGUUCAGCAGGAAACAUCAUCCUGAACAGAGAAGAGUUUGACCUGAAGACAACUGAUCAGUGUAUGAAGAGACAAAGAGAAGUAGCAGACAGACACAUCACUGUCAUAGAAGCUCCAGGAUGGUGGUGGACGCCCGUAGAGCAGAUAUCUGAGAUACUACAACAAGAGAUUUUACUCAGUGUGUCUCUGUGUCCUCCAGGACCUCACAUUGUACUUCUUGUUAUAUGUGUGGAACAUAGAUUUACAGUGAAUGACAGAGAAGCCUUUCAGGCAUAUGUGGAGCUUCUCGGUGAGAGAGUCUGGAGUCACACUAUAGUGCUCUUCACUCAUGGAGACUUUCUAGGAGACACAUCUAUAGAGCAACACAUUGAGAGAGAAGGAGAGGAUCUCCAGUGGCUGGUGGAAAAAUGUGGGAACAGAUAUCAUGUUCUCAACAAUAAGAUCAUAAGUGAUGACACUCAGAUCAAAGAUCUGCUGGAGAAGAUAGAAGAGACAGUCACACAAAACAACGGCUGCCAUUUUGAAAUAGACAAAAAGAUCUUAGAGGAGGCAGAGGAGAGGACUGCAGAAGGACAGCGAGCCAAAGAACGAAGAAAGAAACUGCAUAAAAGCAGAUCACAGAUUAUGAGUGAGGAUGAGAUGUCUGAUACAGUCUCUCUGGCAAGUUCUGAUUACGGUUCAUUCAGAUCUCGAUCAGGAUCAGACAAAGCUUCAUUUUCUGCAUCAUCAUGCUCUAGAGACACACCUUACAACUUUAAUGGCACAGAAUUACAGCAACCUUUGAGUGAGGAUGAUAUAUCUGAUACAGUCUCGCUGGGAAGUUCUGAUUAUGGUUCAUUCAGGUCCAAUUCAGGAAUAGACAACAGCUCAGUUUAUUCAUCGUGCUCUAAAGACUUGCCUUACAACUUUAGAGAUGGAUCUGUACACUCAACUUCUGAGUCUGUCGAAAAAUCUGGACCCAAAGGAUCAAAGAAUCCAUCCAUGAUCUUAAAAUUAUUAAAGAGAGGCAAACAGAAUCCGCCAGAAGAGAUUGAACAUAAUACAUUUCUUUAAUGCAAUUAAUAAUAAAGAACAUAAUGUGUGAUGCUCACACAGGUUAUCAUCACGCAAACAUCAGUUCACAGUAUUAUUGUAUAGAUUUAUUGGCUAUUGUGUUACGAUUCUGAUUUGAUGUGGGUGAGGAGACAAUGACAAUAUAGGGUUCAGUUGUAUUUAAGUAGCCGAGUACAAGAAUUGAACUGAGACUUUAAAGGUGUCCUGUAGCUCAGUGGUAAGAACAUUGCGAUAACAACGCAAUGUUGGUGGUCCAGUGGGUUAAACCACUGAACUGGUAAAUCUAAAGGUUGCUGAUUCGAUCCCAGCAGCCACCAGAAGUGUGUCCUUGAGCAAGACACUUUACUCCAUGUUGCUCCAGGGGGAUUGUCCCUGUAAUAAGUGCACUGUAAGUCGCUUUGGAUAAAAGCGUCUGCCAAAUGACUAAAAAUGUAAAUGUAAAAAAAAAAUGUUCCCAGGGGAUUCCAAAUACCUAUGUAUAAAUGUAAAGGAUAAUGUAAUGUUAGUCGCUUUGGAUUAAAGUGUCUGCUAAAUGUAAAUGUGUCAGAUUUAUGGUUUUGUGUAAAAGUGUAUAACUUACCUGUCAAAAUCUCCCCUUUUCUAUAAAGACAUCCCAUACAAUUGACAUUUAUUAUCACCUUUGUAGUAAUACAUUAUAUAACAAUUCUCUACUUCAAAUCAUUCUUCCAUUUUCCGCACCUUCAACACGUUCUCAAUGGCGUAGAUAGGAGUUCAGAAGGGAAAAAAAUGGGUAUGGUAUCAGUCAACUACACCUAUUAUUUAUUAAUUUGUUGAUGCAUUAUUUGUUUGAUUAAAUAAAAUGAUGUUCCAAACCCAAAAUAGAAAUUUUUAAAGAUUUUUUUUCACAGUAUCUAGAGAAACCUUUUAAAUGUUUUCUCUUUAUUAUCCUGACAACUUUGUAAAUGGACCGUAGUUUUAAAAACGACUUGAUUUAUGUUCAUUUCUGAUUCGGGGAAUACAACCACAGGUGUAGUUAGCUCAAUUUGGCAAAAAAAAACAAAAUUACUCUUUACUUUUUAUUACUGCUUUUGUUGAUUGAAGAGCAUAAUAGAUCUAAGCAUUGAACCACGUUUAUCACCCAGCUGUAAAAACUGCAGCAAACUUUGUCUUUGUUUUUCGUGUUUUAUUGUACCCGAGUGUCUUGCUGUCCACUCCCCUCUAGUGUUUUUAUUGUUCCAGAAUGUUUUUGUAUUAAUUUUGGGUCACUCACAACCAAUCCACUGCACUGGAACAUGUACUUCAUAGCCUACAGAAAGCAGGAACAGAUCCCAUGAAUUACAGUGUAAAUGUUUUGUCUUACUGAUGUUUUUAUGUAAUCUUGUCACGCAGUUUACCAUAUUUAAAAUAUAUUUCUAAUUUUUUAAUCUCACAAUCUUAAGUAAAUUCAGUUUUCA